CGCAUCCACACUGGGGAGAAGCCCUACGAGUGUGCCCAGUGUCAGAAGAGGUUUCGGACCAGCUCCAGUCUCCUCCAGCAACAGCAGAUUCACACAGAUGAGAGUCCCUUCUGCUGCCCUGACUGUGGAAAAGGCUUCAAGCGCAACUACACCCUUGUCAGCCACCGGCGCAUCCACACUGGGGAGAGGCCCUACGAGUGUCCUGAGUGUCAGAAGAGGUUUCACACCAGCUCUGAUCUCCUCUUGCAUGAGCGGAUUCACACGGAUGAGAGACCCUUCCUCUGCCCUAGCUGCGGGAAGGGCUUCAAGCGCAACUCCCACCUCAUCAGGCACAAGCAGACCCACACUGGGGAGAGGCCUUACGAGUGUGGGGAAUGUGGGAUGAGCUUUAGCCAGAACUCUAACCUGAUCUCCCACCAGAAGACCCACACCAGAGAACGGCCCUAUGAAUGUGGGGAAUGUGGGAAGAGCUUCAGUCUGAAGUCUCUCUCAAGCUGCCACCAGAGGAUCCACACUGGGGAAAGGCCAUACAAGUUUUGGGAAUGUGGGAUGACCUUUACUAGGAGGCCCCCACUGAUCAUCCACCAAAUGACCCACACUGGGGAGAAGCCCCACAAGUGCCCUGAGUGUCAGAAGAAGUUUCACACCAGUUCUGAUCUCGUCCAGCACCAGCAGAUUCACACGGUUGAGAGGCCCUUCCGCUGCCCUGACUGCGGGAAGGGCUUCAAGCACAACUCCACCCUCAUCACCCACCGGCGCAUCCACACUGGGGAGAGGCCCUAUGAGUGUCCUCAGUGUGGGAAGAGCUUCUCCAGCAGCUCUCACUUGACCAGACACCAACGGAGUCACCACCACCAUAUGAUCCACACCGGGGAAUGGCCCUACAAGUGUGGGGAAUGUGGGAAGGGCUUCAGCUACAGCUCCGCCCUCAUCACCCACCAACGCAUCCACACUGGGGAGAAGCCCUAUGAGUGUGCCCAGUGUCAGAAGAGGUUUCGGACCAGCUCCAGUCUCCUCCAGCAACAGCAGAUUCACACAGAUGAGAGGCCCUUCCGCUGCCCUGACUGUGGGAAGGGCUUCAAGCGCAACUACACCCUCGUCAGCCACCGGCGCAUCCACACUGGGGAGAGGCCCUACGAGUGUCCUGACUGCGGGAAGGGCUUCAAGCGCAACUCCCACCUCAUCAGGCACAAGCAGACCCACACUGGGGAGAGGCCCUACGAGUGUGGGGAAUGUGGGAUGAGCUUUAGCCAGAACUCUAACCUGAUCUCCCACCAGAAGACCCACACCAGAGAACGGCCCUAUGAAUGUGGGGAAUGUGGGAAGAGCUUCAGUCUGAAGUCUCUCUUGAGCUGCCACCAGAGGAUCCACUCUGGGGAAAGGCCAUACAAGUGUGGGGAAUGUGGAAUGACCUUUACUAGGAGGCCCCAAUUGAUCAUCCACCAAAUGACCCACACUGGGGAGAAGCCCUACAAGUGCCCUGACUGUCAGAAGAAGUUUUAUACAAGUUCUCAUCUCCUCCAGCACCAGCGGAUUCACACAGAUGAGAGGCCCUUCCGCUGCCCUGACUGCGGGAAGGGCUUCAAGCACAACUCCACCCUCAUCACCCACCGGCGCAUCCACACUGGGGAGAGGCCCUAUGAGUGUCCCCAGUGUGGGAAGAGC